AUGAGAGAGGCGCAGAAGAAGGGGGAAGUCGGGUUGACGAACUUCGAGGCGACCACCAUAGCUGCAUUUUCUUGGUUCGCGAGGAUGAAGCCUCUGGAUUUCAUCAUCAUCGAAGUCGGCAUGGGAGGUCGAGAUGAUGCUACAAACGUCCUUCCCAAAACCGAUGUAGCCGUCUUGACAGGAGUUGCUCUCGACCAUGUGAAGUUCUUGGGGCCCACACUGGAGGACAUAUGUUCGGCGAAGUGUGGUAUCAUAAAUCCUCACACAACGACAGCUGUAGCUUCUGGUGCUUAUCUCAAUGCGUCAUGCCUCAACAUCGUGAAGGAAAGAUGUGCCUCGACCGGCACGGCCCUGCGUGUGGUGACAGGCUGUGGUGACAGUGACAAUUACAAAGCUCACUAUACGGCUCUCGAAGAUGAGGUCCUCAGUGCUCUCGGUGUCACUCACCAGCAGAAUCACUCAGGCGAUACAGGGACAUACCUUCAUACCUUGAGAGGACGGCAAGAGCUCACCCAUCACCCACUCGACCCGACUAUUCCUAUCAUACUCGAUGGCGCCCACAAUGAGGAAGGCCUCAGGUCUCUGACACACUUCAUACAGCGGACGCUAGAGCAACGAAGGGAUAUCACUGAGAUACGCUUCAUCGUGGCCCUAUCGGGUGGUAGGAGUCCCCAUGAGCUCUUCCCUCUGUUUUUGAAGCCGUUCUCGGUGCCCAUCGCCACCGUCUACCCCACCACAUUCAGAGACGUUCCUGAGAUGCCCUGGGUUAAAGCUGUUGACCCAGAGGAAGCCGUCACUGCGGCACGACAGUACGACAUGGUGUGUGCCACCAUCAACAGAAGUCAAACCCGUUGCCGACCUACGAACAGCUCUCGAGCUAUGCUGCUGCGUCAGGAGUGA